AAUGAGUGCAUUUAUGAAUCCCCAAGAGUGUCUGGUCAUUGUUGAGAAAAGUAACAGAGGCUCCGGUUGGGUUAAGAAACGGUAGCAAAACCAGCCUUGUGAGAUCAGAAAAUCUUAGAACGUCUAUCAACACUGACAGGAUAUUGAUGAUGGACUCGGACGAGCCAGAGGAGCAUGAUAGUGAAGAGGAAGAAUAUCAAAGCCUUGAAGAGCAGGACAUGGUCCAGUACAGAGUAUGCUACUCUCAUCCAAAGUACACCAAGGAGUUGGAUUUCUGUAAAAAGGAAGACGUUAAGAAGAAGAGAUGUCCGGUAGGUCGUUCAGGGAACAACCCUGGGAGACAGAAGCGGGUUGUGUCGUGUAAGAGGAAGACCCACCAUCUCAAUAUCUGUCGAAGGAAGCAGCCAGCCACAUGGAAAACGUGUGAUGUGGCCAACAAGGAGAACGAAAUGGCCUGUGUGCAGGACAUGGAAGAGAUAUUCUAUAUGGACCCAUGGGAGUUUCCACUCACUGCCCCCCAUCCUAACAAGACUGAUGAGGCUGGUUCAAAAAACAGUGACUACUUCAUAGAGUUAUCAAAAGACCACAACACAAUGACAGAGGUGCUCUUUGGAAGAAAUCUGAGACUGAGUGUAGCUUUGACCCUGUGGCAAAGAAAUGUUGGAGAACUGCUUACGUAUUUUUUAAGGAUCCAAGACACUGGUGUGUUUGUUGAUUUUCUUCCAGUGAUAACAAAAAGCCUUGAUGGUGAGUCAGAGUCACCCAGCGUUUCCAUUGGCUGUUGUGUUGACCUUUUCCCCCUAGUGAAAAAGGUCCUCACUACUCCAUAUGAAGAGCACCUGGUAGCUGGUUUACGAUUGGUACAGUCAGUAUUAAGACAUUGGUGGCCAGAGCUCUCAGCAAGUGGAGGAACUGACACGCAAUCUAUGGAUGGAAAUAUCCAAGUGUUCAAACAGCAGCUAAAGGAGUUUUGGAACCAGGAGCCUCAUUUGAGUUCAGUUCCAGGAAGUGCAGGUGAAAUAGCAAAGGUUAUAGACUAUUACCUGGUACAAUUGCCCUGAUCGCAAUGGUGGCCCAUGCCAAGCUCCAGUCUAGUCCUGAUGACAUGUCGUUGGAGAGUUGGAAACCACAUAAGAACACAAUAGACUUGUGACACAAUGAUCUGCACUACUUGACUUUUGAUGUGUGCAAAAGCAUUACCAAAUUAAUUUGAGGGCUCCUGAACAGUGCCCAAAGAGUGCCUGCUGUAGAGUGCCAGAGAGCACAGAAUUUUAAUUACAAUUUGAGAUGACCAACCCUUGUCCACAAUUGCUAACAUGACUUAACCUCACUAAAUUUCAAUGGUAUGAAAUUAAUCCAAAGGAUGAAAGUGUGUGCAAUUGAUUGGUUACAGUAGAGAACCAAUUGAAGUUGUGUUGGAUGAAUUAAAAUGGUACUUGAAAUUGUUUUUAUUGUAAAUUGUUUUUUUUUUUUUUAUAAGUGAAAAUGCCAGUAAGGUUAUGUGACACCUUUGUGUUCAGCCAGGCAGUGGUGUUUCAGAGUGGAAUGGUUGGCUGUUGGUUGAUGGAGUCGGAGAGAAAGGGUAGAGAGAGGGGGUACACUGAGUGGUGAGAGAGAAGAGGUGAGUCUCAGUGGGAGCAUGUGUUGGUCAGUGCCGACAGCUCCAGAGUGACUGCCAGCCGGGCAGCAGUACAGCACAAUUAGUUAUUAGCAACCGCCACUGCCCCGAAAGCAAAGCUGAACUUUUCAUGUAUUUUUAGUCAGGCUAUACUGAAAUACUCAAGCCCUAGUUAGAGCUGAUAACUAGGACUGAGAGUAUAACUACGUUUUUAUUUGUCAGGUCACAUGGUUAGGAAAGAUUACUUCCCCUAUUCAUAAGGUACUUGUAUGUGUUGUCUUAGUGCAGAGGUACUCCAAAAUAAUGAAGAAAUGUGUUUCAAUUGCAAGAUUACGUUAUAAUACUUGUAUUGCAUCAAAUGGUUGUUUUAUUCAACAUAAUAGAGUAUUCUUAACUAUUGUGUGUGUGUGUUCUGCUGAGGAUGGGCCUCUGGGAGAUAACACUGACAGGAGAUCUACGAUGUCUUUUGGGUGAUAAAACCUAAAGAGCGUUCCAGAGUAUGAGUUAAUGUUUUUGUUCUAUACCGUACCAGGGAGAGAUGGUUCCAGUUUGGAGUCGGAGGGCCAAACACUGGUCUAUACAAUGAUAACUGUUGGAAAGCCAUUUGGAUAAUGGCUUUCCAUAGACUAAGUCUAUUUUCCUAUGACCAUAUGGGUACAAUCAUUUUUCUUUAUGGAGUUCUUAAGAGUAAAGAUUUUAAUUUGUUAAAAAUGGGGAGGAUACAGUCCUCUGAAGUUUUGGAUUGAAGUUUACACACCUUGAGUGAUGUGUAGGAGUGUAUGGAGUGAUAUGUGAAGGAGUGUAUUGUUGUGUUGUUUGUUCUGUUCCCAAUGGGUUAUAGGUCUAACGUCCUGAUCCUGUGGUUCUGCAAUGAAGUUGACAGUGAUAGGGAGUAUAAGCCAAUUUGAAAUAAUAGUUUCAAUAGAAUGUGUUGUUAUUCGCUUUGAAAGUAAUAAUUUAUCAUAUAGUUAAUGAACGGAACUAAACUGUUGUUCUGAUCUGUCCUCUCGAGGCUAUCAUGAAAAGUGACAUCAGACGGUAUCUUAAUGCAUGGAAGAGAUAAUUGGACCGAACAGUGUGUGUACCUCAAAACCCCCUCUAACUGGCUGAAGAAGAGUGACAAAGGCGUUCAAUACGACCCUGUCCGCACCACUUCUACCGAGAGAAAUGAGUCCGAGCCAGCAACCGGUGUACAGCAUCCAAACUAAGCUAUCAACUGCUUUUCUCUCAUGUCUUUUCUCAGGAGUGUGAGAGGAGUCCACAUGGAGUGAGCAUGGGGAGAGAUCUGUUCUAAACUUAUCUUGUGUUGCUGGUAUACUGGUUGACGAAUGGACAAGACAUAAUGAGUGGUAAAGGUGAUGGCGGCUCAGGUGAGACAUUGAAAUUGGGACAUUAUCACGACCAUCCACUUUGAACUGUAAAAAUAUCUGAAGAAGCUGAAAAGGACGCCAGAAGAAUCAGUGCCUGAAGGAGGGCGUUUGUCAACUGCCCAAAAUUGUUUUAGACUUUUGGGAUAUCAGGUUGAUUGUAGAGGUCUACAAUACAUAAAAUUAUAGUAAUUUAGAUUAAGAAUGCAUUGAGAUACUGAUGUGUAUUAUAAUCGUGAUACACAAAUUUAAUAGUAGAAUUAUGGGAUAAUUAUACUGGAUGUUAAUUUAAAUGUACAUUCUGCCAAUGUUGAUGUGUGUUAAAUUGAGUUUUUUUUACUUUGAGUGUUAGGACCAAUUUGAAUCACUGAGCAAUGUCAUUCAAGAUUUGGGUUGGAUAAUUAUUUUUUAUUAUGAUUUGGAAACAGAAUGAUUUUUAAAACGGAAGGAUUGAUUUGAGUUUAGUAUGUUAAUAACUAUAUGAGUGAAGCCAUGAAUGUAUUAGAGAUUGAUUGUUUUGAUUGUUAUGAACUAAAGAUGUUGACACUAUUCUCAGCAUGCCCUGGUGAAUGGAGAGGCUGAACUCUCAUCUGGAGAGGAAACUGAUCCUAAUCUAUUUGCUCUAUAGGCAUUGCCUUAUAAAUAGUGGAAUCAUGAUGCUUGUCUUGGGUCAUGUUCAUUAGGCACCAAUGGAAUACAUUUUACUUUAACUAGGAGUCACUACCUGGAUUUGUCCAACAAGAUAUGCUAAUUUUAGUUUCUGGGAUGGAAAUAAUCAUUUCCACCAUACCAUGCUGAUCCAUUGGAGUGUGAUAGAUAACUAAAGCUUAUUUUAUUAAACUCCAUUGUUGCAUGCACUGCAUUAUGCAUUAAACAUGUGCUUUUCACUGUCUAUGAAGAUAUAGCUUUGAAUCUCAUAAACUGUAUGCAUUUUUAGUUUUUCUUCAUGGGUUCGUGCGGGUGACUGUAUCAUAACCUUCCCAGACAAAUUGCUAGAAUGCUUUGAAAAAGUGUUGGUGGUUGAAAUAGGAGACCGUGCUGAGUUUCUUGGAAGGAGGCUGAGCCAGUGCUACAGCAGCCGGUCAUGUGCAGGAACCCAUGCAAUGAGUUAUUGCUUUUAUGCUUCUUGGUUUAUGUAGAAUACACUGUAUAUACAUUUGACGUGAAUGAAUGUUCUUAAAUCUUGUAAUUUUCUUUUAAGUUGAGAGGACUCUUGAAAUGGGGGAAUGUGAGAGCAAAAUUGCAAGAUUACGUUAUUAUACUUUUAUUGCAUCAAAUGGUUGUUUCAUUCAACAGAAUACAGUAUUCUUAACAGUUGUAUAUGUGUUCUACUGAGGAUGGGCCUCUGGGAGAUCAAACUGACACGAGAUUUACGAUGUCUUUUGGGUGAUAAAACCUAAAGAGCAUUCCAGGGCAUGGAUUAAUGUUUCUGUUCUAUACCGUACCAGGGAGAGAUAGUUCCAGUUUUGAGUCGCAGGGCGAGACACUGGUCUAUACAAUGAAAACUGUUGACACAGCAGAUCCCUAUAAUACAUAGCAGAAUGUAUCUUUCAUACAAAUCUUAACCUUUGGCCCCAAGGUUGAAAGGGGUGUAUCUUGGCUAUAAAAUACCUUUUUUUACUUUUGUCUCGGGGCUCUCAAGGAAUCAUCAGAGACGGUGAUUCGUCGACCAGCCAUCGCUAUUUCAAAGCUCUCCCUAAUAAAGGUUCAGUUUAAGUAUAA